AUGAAGACAUCAACCGUCGCCAUCGUUUUGGCACCUGCGGCUGCUUCUGCGCAGUGGUGGAGAGGUGCUCCUGGUUGUGCUCAAUCCUGUCUCUCUUCCGCCUGGUCUAGCCCAACCGCCACUGUAACUAGCGACUGGCCUGCGCAGUCUGAGUACUGCGAUUCGGACCACGGCAGCAGCAUCAACUCGUGUAUCAGCAGCGCGUGUGCCACGUCAUCCUCAUCCACCGCCUUCGAGUCCUAUACCUCGCUCUCCAGCUCCCUGUGUUCCCAGUACUCUGAGUGUACAUCUGCUGGUAGCACCGGCGUACGCACAGUCACGUACUCGGGCGGACCGGUCACCUGGGCUGCGCCAGGAGGCUGGGGCGGCGGCGCAAAGGCGUUCGGUGGCCCCUUUGGUAACGGCAAUGGGCCCCCUAAUGCGUCAGCCAUUUCGUCUGCGGUCGACUCGUAUAGACAGUACUGGAGCGAGUGGGCGUCAGCCUUCCAGUCGUCGCGCACGUGGACCGGUGGCGUGGCUACCGUCACGGGCUGCGCGUUCGACGGGUCCCCGUGGUUUGUCGGGCCUGGGUGUGGUUGGAACGGGCUAGGCGGGUUUAACGGCUGGGUUGGUUGGGGAUCGGGCUGGAGCUGGGGACCGACGACUACGGAGACAGUUACGUUUACGACGACUGAUACUGCUGGCGCUACAACGACUGGGACGGGACUUGCGGCUGUGGCGCUAGCUGUGAGCGGCACGCUGACUACGUCCACGACGCUGGGGACACCAACGGCAACGGAUGGCGCGGAGAGUGGUGCGGCGCCGGUGGGGAUGGGACCGGGGGCUGAGGGCUCGGUUGUUACGGGUAUGAUGGGAAUUGCGCUGGGGGCGAUAUUGGUUGUUGCUGGUAUGCUAUAA